AUGUUCGUCAAUCGGACUGUAAAAGUAGUGACAGCAUCUGAUGAAAGUGCUGAAGGUGAUGUACAACAGUACGUUGUCGAAACGGGUGGUCAACAAACUGUGACAACUUGGACAACAACAACAACGACGACGACUGUUGAAGGUGGUGAUGAAGAAUUUCAUCAGCAAGAUUUUGGUCUUGAAGGACACGAAAUUAUGGCGAUCACAUCAUCAUCUGGUGAAUGGGUUCACGCUGAAUCAGACGAUGACGAUUCUGACACGAACGAAGAAUACACUGUGACCGUUACUUCUAAAUUAACUGAUUUGCUUGGUGAUCAAUUGCUUUGUCACAGUACCGAUUAUAUAUUAACAAGACAACUUCAAGGCAAAAUCAUCGGUCUCUACUUCUCCGGUCAUUGGUGUCCACCUUCACGACAGUUUACACCUAAGUUGGUCGAGUUCUACAACAACAUGUCUGAAGAAAUGAGAAAACACUUUGAAAUUGUGUUUAUCUCCUGGGAUCGGGAUGAAAACGAAUUUAACAGCUAUUUCAAUGAAAUGCCAUGGUUAGCUUUACCAUAUUCAGAUCGAGCUCGAAAGGACACGUUGGGAACUAAAUACGACGUAGAGGGGAUCCCAUGUUUAAUCGUUCUGUCAUCAUCGGGUCAAGUGAUCACUACGGAAGGCGUGGAAGAAGUGAGCAGCGGUGGUUACGAAUGUUUUCUCAGAUGGGCAUCAGCGAGUCAAAUUAUCAUCACAACAAUCGAGUACAGUGAUGAAUUACAUCAACAUCAUGAUGAUAUGCGUGGUCGUCAGAUAUUGAUGACACAGGCAGCAAGCAGUGGCUCAAGCAACCAUCGGUCAUAUGAAUACAGUAGUGAGACGCAUACGAGUCGAGGAUCAUCAUCUGUAUUCGUCGAAUUAUUUGGUAAUAAUCUGUUACGUCAUGAAUUUCAUGGCUGUACCAAGAGUACCGUCUACGUCUCAGUUGAAGAAAUUGCUGGAAAAACCAUUGGACUUUAUUUUUCGGGCCAUUGGUGUCCACCUUCACGACAGUUUACACCUAAGUUGGUCGAGUUCUACAACAGCUUGUCUGAAGAAAUGAGAAAACACUUUGAAAUUGUGUUUAUCUCCUGGGAUCGGGAUGAAAACGAAUUUAAUAGCUAUUUCAAUGAAAUGCCAUGGUUAGCUUUACCAUAUUCAGAUCGUGCUCGAGAACAAUUGUUGCGCAGUAAAUAUGGUGUGACUGGCAUUCCAUGUCUGAUCAUUUUGUCAUCAUCGGGUCAAGUGAUCACUAUGAAGGGUGUCCAUGAAGUGAGCAACAAUGGUGCCGCAUGUUUUGCGGCUUGGAUGACAGCAAGUGGAAUUACACUGCGAACGAUGACAAUCGUGACAACAGCUGAUCAUCAAUUGAGAACAGGUGGUAGUCAUGGAAGCGCUGAACAGGUAAUUUUAGCAACUGCUACAUCGGGCAAAGCAGUUAGCCACCAAUUGAACGAAUGCAGUGGAAACAUUAAGUCUGGAAAGUUUCUGAUAACAAGUGAAACACAUAGUAGUGCCGGAGGAGCUGGUGGUUUGGCGAUAGCAGAAAGAACAGUGAAACAAUCAAGCAGUAGCGAAGCAGCUUCGAAAGCAAGAACGGUGACACACUCAAGCAGUGCUCAACGAUCACUUCAAACAAGUCAAAGCGGGCAAGCUACAGGUGUCACAAUAGCAGAAAGAACAGUUAAACAAUCAAGCAGUGGUCAGCAAGCGCUCCAGUCUAGUAGUGGCGCAGCAGCUUCGAAAGCAAGAACGGUGACACACUCAAGCAGUGCUCAACGAUCAGUUCAAGCAAGUCAAAGCGGGCAAGCUACAGGUGUCACGAUAGCAGAAAGAACAGUGAAACAAUCAAGUAGUGGCCAGCAAGCACUUCAGUCUAGUAGUAGCGAAGAAGCUUCGGCAGCGAGAACCGUCAUACAGUCGAGCAGUGGUCAGGAGGCAUUGCAAUGUAGUGGUAGUACGAAAGUGACAGGUGUAAGAGUAACAGAAAGAAUAGUUGAACAAGAAACUCCGUAUGUUGUCAAGGAGACCCGUGUACAAGUAGACCGAAAACAUGGCAAAGAAGCAAGAACUGAAGUUAUUGAGGACACCAGCAAUGAAAAUGUCUUGUCAGUAACUCGCAAUAGACGAUUCGAACCAAAUCGAUCACGCAGAUGCUACCUCAUUUGGAUCGGCGUUUGCUGUUUGCUUGCUAUUCUAUUUGCACUGUUGAUUAUCUUCAUCGCAUGGAGACUGUUGCCACAUCUUCGAAGGUCAGCUGCUGUAGCAGUCAUCGAGGAAAAAAAAACACCAGAGAUUGCACUGAAAGCAAUGUUCACCACCAGUUAUUUCAUCGCAGGCGCCAAUCAAACUGAAAAUAUAACCGAUGUUGAUGAUAUGGCCGGUCAAAUAAAUCUAAAACUAUCUGAAUAUAAGAUUCGCGUUGUUAAUGGAUUCUUCUGGAAUGUCUUACUCUCGCGUCGGUAUCGCAGGGAAAUGUGCCCAAAUGGAUUACUCGGAAAUAUUCUUCAGCUGAAUAUUCUUGCUUCACUUACGAAUCAAUGUACUCUUUCGGACAAAGCAUGUACGAGACAGUUCAUGGAAGGAUUAAAGACUAAAAUAUAUGAACUUGGAGAAAUCUUCGUCAAAAUUCGAUUUAUGGAUGGUAGAUCAAGAAAUAUGAGGUUGAAAUUGUGUAUUCUAACGGACAUGGACAAAAUAGAAGAUUUCGGAGAUGUGUCAUCGGAGGAAGAGAUUCCAAUAACGGUGGUAGUCCCAAUAGCAAAAGAAGCAAUAAGAAAAACACUACGGCCACCCCCACCCCCGCCUCCCACUAGAACAACAACCAGAACAACAACAACAGCUAGUACUACUACUACAACGAGAAAACAACGUCGAAGAACAACGACAACCAUAACAAUGGCACCUGUGAAAGCAAUCAAUCCCUUGUGUUUUGUGAAACCUGCUUCAGUCCGUUCGAUUUUCAUGUCCGGUCAUCACAACACAGAGAUUCGUGAUGAG